GGUUAGGUUGUGAUCAAAGCAAGCAGUGGCGACGAGUGGUUUGAGACCACGGUGACGGGGCGUUAUUUACAUGAUUAAAAUAUCAAAUAGGCAAGAUUGUAUCAAAGGAUUAAUAGAAACAUAUCUUCAACAAUCAGUUCGUCAUGGAGUCCUAUGACAUUAUAGCUAACCAGCCGGUUGUGAUCGAUAAUGGUUCAGGUGUUGUCAAAGCUGGCUUUGCUGGAGACCAGAUCCCCAAAUACUGCUUCCCCAACUAUGUGGGCCGGCCCAAGCACGUGCGCGUGAUGGCAGGAGCCCUGGAGGGGGACCUCUUCAUUGGACCCAAAGCAGAGGAGCACAGAGGGUUGCUGUCUGUCAGGUAUCCUAUGGAGCAUGGUAUAGUGAAGGACUGGAACGAUAUGGAGAGGAUCUGGCAGUACGUCUACUCUAAGGAACAGUUGCAGACCUUCUCAGAGGAGCACCCUGUCCUGUUGACUGAAGCCCCUCUGAACCCCAGUAAGAACAGGGAGAAGGCGGCUGAGGUGUUCUUUGAGACCUUCAAUGUCCCCGCCCUCUUUAUCUCCAUGCAGGCAGUCCUCAGUCUCUAUGCGACAGGGCGUACCACGGGUGUGGUGUUGGAUGCGGGUGACGGGGUGACCCAUGCGGUGCCCAUCUACGAGGGCUUUGCCAUUCCCCACUCCAUCAUGAGGGUGGACAUCGCUGGAAGGGACGUGUCCCGUUACCUCCGGCUGCUGCUACGCAAGGAGGGCUACGACUUCCAUACCUCCGCAGAGUUUGAGGUGGUCCGCACCAUCAAAGAGAGAGCCUGCUACCUGUCCCUGAACCCCCAGAAGGAUGAGACUCUGGAGACCGAGAAGGCCCAGUACACACUCCCCGACGGCAGCACACUGGAUAUUGGUCCAGCCAGGUUCCGCGCGCCAGAGCUGCUGUUCAGGCCAGACCUGAUUGGAGACGAGAGCGAGGGGAUCCACGAGGUGCUGGCCUUCGCCAUCCAGAAGUCUGACAUGGACCUCCGACGCACACUCUUCUCCAACAUCGUACUGUCUGGAGGAUCCACACUGCUCAAAGGCUUCGGGGACAGGUUACUAAGCGAAGUGAAGAAGCUCGCUCCCAAAGAUGUGAAGAUCAAGAUCUCCGCCCCUCAGGAGAGGCUCUACUCCACGUGGAUCGGUGGCUCCAUCCUGGCGUCGUUGGACACCUUUAAGAAAAUGUGGGUCAGUAAGAAGGAGUAUGAGGAGGACAGAGCACGGGCCAUCCACAGGAAGACCUUCUAACACCGCUGCCCUUAAACUGACCUCAACAUGACCUAUCUGCCCUGUGCUACCCCAACCUGUCACUACACUACCCUCCAAUGCUCCUGUAUCUGCUCUGUUGCCCCACAUUACUGAUUUGCCCCAAACAUCUCCAACUAUCCCCACAGCCCCAUGUCUGCCCUAGUCUACCCCUCUCCUUAUGGCUUCCCCCAUCCUUUGGCCAGGGGAGUUUCCAUAUACACCCUCUCUCAAUUCGGCAUGCCUUCUGUUACCAUCCACCUAUGGGUGUAGGGAGAGAGCAGGGUGGCCCUUCAGGAAAGCCUUUGACCUCCUCCCUCCACAAACACACGCACACGCACACACACACACACACUCCCACACUCACGCAUCUCCACCCUCCUCACACACACCCAGGGCUGCGUGGGCAUCUGUCAAUACUGUGGACUGGCCUGUUUUUUCUGUUCUAAAGGGGAAAUGCUAUACUCUACUCAAACCUGAAGUAUUUACAUUACUCUCCUAUCUACCCUUCCCUGUACGAUACCUUGCAUCAUAUCAUCCAAUGACAAUGAAGGUUCAUGUUUUACGAUACUGUAAGAAUUCCAUUCCAAACCGAAGAGAUUGACUUUCUUUUUUUGCGUUCUUUAAAAAAGAUAUCUUGGUUGUCAUGGUUACAAAUCACCAUGUUAAUGGCAAUGGUUGAAUUCACCAUUGUUUUAAUUUAUUUGUUGUUUCCAUUUGUUAAAUGAGAUUGUAUUGAGGGUCAGGGUUAUGACAGUCUGCUAUAGGAAUAUGUCAUGCUACUCUCUGUAGACUGGGGUAAAGAAUACCACUGUGUUUUACAUUGGCUCAUCAAAUAUCCAAGGAAUUCCUUGGAAAACAUUCAAGGAACUUCUCUCUUCACCAACCCUCCCACAGGUGUUCAACGACUAAUGGACAUGUUUAGACGACAGCGAUGUUUAACGCUUCCUUAUAAUUUGGCAAAGUGUAAAGUAUCUCCAUUCUGUUAGCUGUAUUUUUUUAAUCUUUGUCUGAAAAUGACGUUAGUGGAAAUGGUUUGAUAACAAAGAACUGGUGAGAUGUACCCUCCUCACGGUACCAAAUCCAACGGGAGGGAUUUCAACUUUAAAUAACCAUUAGAUGACUUGCUAUUUCUAUAUGACCGUUUAAGAUAUGACAGUUCAACUUUGGGACCUGUUGAAUGGGACCCUUAAAUGCCUUGUAAAGUUUAAACAUGACAAAGUGCUGUCCUUAAAACACGUUAGUGUUCUGUACUGCACAGAGAGACUGAUCUGAGAGCUGUGUUCCUGGACAGGAUAAUCUCUGAGGAGGUCCAAGUCUCCCCUAACCAUUGAUACAGUCAGAUUUAUUAAUCACCUUUCUGGUUAACCUUCAGAUUGAUGAAGGCUUAUCUGAUCCUAGAUCUGUGGUUAGGGGUAGCUACAACCUGGAGUGAACUCUGAUCUCAGUGUCAGGGAUUAGAGGUCAAGGGUCAGGGAAUAGAUGAAGAUUGGGUGAAAGGCCACAGAGAUCAUCCAACAAACGUUGUUUUUAUAUCCAAAGGCUCCAUAUUUGGCUCCAUUUAAACGAUGGUGGAGAUCAACUGUUAAAUGUGCCCUGUGAGUUAUUUUAAAGCACCAUAAGUGUAUGGGUUAGAAACAUUGAGAGAGAGCAAUGUUUAGUUGCUAUAGACUGUAGUAGGACCAUUCUCAUAAUAAGCAUGUAGAAGCACAAGAUGGUGGAUUAUUAUCAGUUACUUUUCUACCCUCUCUUCCCCCUCAUGUACCAGUAGAAAUCUGGGUGUUAUUAUGGCUAAGCUGAUUUCCCUGCGUCUCAGUGGCAGUAAAGGGGUUGUUUCCAAACCGGCGUCCACCUUACUCAUGUGCCCCGGCACGGAAAGUCCACUUUAGAUUCUGGGUGUUUUUUAAAAGGUUCUAAACUUCAUCAGCCUUGUGUACAGUGGACCGCUUUUCAAAACGUAAAAAAUAAAAGUACGAUACUGUUUAUUCAAGUGUCGCUUUUACUUUUCAUUUUGUAAAUUCAGUAUAUAAUAAAUAAGUUAAUGACUGCUG